AUGAAUGCAGGGUUGAACGUUACGCGGCGAGUUAUCUUCCAGAACUACAGAAUGGCCUCCUUCCUUAUCAACGAUGGCAAGUACUCAUUCCUGAAGGAGCUUGGUCUUUCUGAGAACAAUUGUGGCGUGUUCCAUGGCAAAUGGUCCGCUUCUGGUCCUGUCGUGCAGUCUGUUUGCCCUGCCAACAACCAACCAAUAGCCAACGUUCAAAAUGGUACUGUGGAGGAUUACGAAACAGCUGUUCAAGAAGCGCGGAAAGCAUACGAGCAUUGGUGUGAGGUGCCGGCACCACGACGUGGUGAGAUUGUCCGGCAGAUUGGGGAUAGACUUCGCUCUCAGCUUCAAAACUUGGGUAAACUGGUUUCCAUGGAAAUGGGAAAAAUCUCAGCUGAAGGUGUGGGAGAAGUCCAGGAGUAUGUUGACAUCUGUGAUUAUGCUACUGGUUUAUCUCGAUCACUCAAUGGACAAAUUUCACCAUCAGAAAGGCCCGGACAUGCGCUUCUGGAGCAGUGGAAUCCUCUCGGUGUUGUUGGCGUGAUUUCUGCCUUCAACUUUCCUUGUGCCGUGUAUGGUUGGAACAAUGCGCUGGCUCUUGUCACUGGAAAUGCCGUGAUUUGGAAGCCUGCUCCGUCAACACCCCUGACCGCUAUCGCUGUCACCAAACUCGUCGAAGGAGUACUACGUGCAAACAAUCUUCCUGGUGGGCUGUGCUCUUUGGUUUGCGGAGAGGGAGACGUUGGUCAGGCUCUGGUUAAAGAUAAACGCGUCAACCUAGUGUCAUUCACAGGAUCAACAGAAGUAGGGCGCAUCGUUGGUCAGCAGGUGCAGCAACGUUUCGGAAAGCUUCUGCUCGAACUCGGUGGCAAUAACGCAAUCAUUGUUAAUGAUGAUGCGGACAUCAACAUGGUGGUGCCAGCCACCGUGUUUGCUGCUGUUGGUACAGCCGGACAGAGGUGCACAACUACGCGUCGCUUAUUUGUACAUGAAGCAGUCUACAACACUGUUCUUGAACGUGUAAAGCGUGCAUAUGCUCAAUUCGAGUCAAGAAUCGGUGAUCCGCUCGAGUCGAACACCAUUAUUGGCCCUCUUCAUAACCAAGCCGCCGUGAUGAAGUACAAAGCAACUGUUGCUGAAUCAAUCGCCAGUGGAGGAAAAGUGGAGUACGGAGGCAAGGUCUUGGAGAAAGAGGGAAAUUUCGUUCUUCCUACAAUCAUCACUGGCCUUCCCCACGAUUCCCCCAUAGUAUUGCGGGAGACGUUUGCACCCAUUCUAUACGUUAUCAAAGUGAAUAAUCUGGAUGAGGCUAUCAAGUACAACAAUGAGGCGUCUCAAGGACUGAGCUCAUCUCUCUUUACCAACAACAUCCAGAAUGUCUUCAAGUGGAUGGGACCAAAGGGAAGUGACUGUGGCAUAGUGAAUGUAAACAUACCGACAUCGGGUGCAGAGAUUGGAGGAGCCUUCGGAGGUGAAAAGGAGACUGGUGGUGGUCGCGAAUCUGGAUCUGAUUCAUGGAGGCAGUACAUGAGGAGAUCGACAUGCACCAUCAACUUCAGUAAGGAUCUCCCACUUGCCCAAGGAAUCAAGUUUGAAUAG